AAGGGCGGGGCCGGGAGCUGCUGGGGCCGUUGGUCGGUUGCCAGGGGCAACAACGGGGCCUCGGGCCUGAGCGCGAGACAGAGACGGAGCGCGAGCCCGUUCGGGGGGCGCCGCCCAGAGGACCCUGCCAGUGGGGGGCGCCUGGCGAUGGUGCUGGUCAGCGGACUGGUGCCCGCCCGCUUCCUGACCCUCACGGCCCAUCUCGUCAUCGUCAUCACCAUCUUCUGGUCCCGGGACAACAAUGUCCUCGCCUCGCUGCCCCUGCAGUACAGCCAGCAGCAGUACCAGCGCCAGGACGUGGAGCUGGUGGUGGCCCUGUCGGUGACGCUGGGCUUGUUCGCCGUGGAGCUGGCCGGCUUCCUGUCCGGGGUGUCCAUGUUCAACAACACGCAGAGUCUGCUCUCACUGGCCGCUCACUGCAGCGCCUCCAUCUGUCUUUCCUUCUUUGUCUUGGAGCGCUGGGAGAGCGCCACCUACUGGUACAUCCUGGCCUUCUGCAGUGCCCUGCCCGCUGCCUUCGAGAUCCUGCUCUUCGUGUCUGUCUUCGGGUUCAAGAGAAAGCCCCUGUGAGCCGGAGCCGGGCCCCUUGGGAGGUCUGUACCGCUGGCCCCAUGGGCUCUGAGCCGGGGGGUGGAUACGCCGGACAGGGAGCUCGCCAGCGCCCGCCGCUGCUCCUCAGCCCUACAGACCCAGCGCUGGACAGGGGCAGCUGGUGAUGGGGUGGCUGCAUGGGGCAGUCAGGCCCUGGUGCUCUGCCUCUAGGGGCAGGGCUGAGUUAGCCCCAUAGGGGCCUGCAGUGGCCUUCACCAGGAGACCCUCAGGGGCAACAGGCGGCACUGCACUCUGCGUCAGUCCCAUAGCAAC